AUGCGCACCGCCAAGCAGCUGGGGAUCGCCACCGUGGGGAUCUACAGCGAGGCCGACACCGCCGCGGUGCAUGCCCGUUUUGCGGACGAGGCUAUUUGCGUGGGUCCUGCUGCUUCCACCGCUAGCUACCUCAACAUACCAGCCAUUGUGGAUGCCAUCAAGCAGACCGGCGCUGAUGCCGUGCAUCCUGGAUAUGGCUUUCUUUCCGAGAACUCGCAUUUUGUGGAGGCGGUCGAGGCAGCGGGGGCCACCUUUGUGGGGCCUCCAACUCACGCAGUGGAAAAGAUGGGCGACAAGGUGGAGAGCAAGAAGAUUGCGGCGGCCGCGAAGGUCAACACAAUCCCGGGAUGGGCGGGAGUGACGGAGAAUGCAGAUCAUGCAAUUUCGGUGGCCCGCGAAAUCGGCUUCCCAGUCAUGAUCAAAGCCUCGGCGGGCGGCGGAGGCAAGGCAACACGCCGGCGUGUGCUGGUGCAGGGCAUGCGUGUUGCAUGGAAUGAGAAAGAGCUGCUGGAGGGGUAUGAGCUGUGCACGCAGGAGGCUGCCUCUGCGUUUGGCGACGCACGUAUGCUCAUAGAGAAGUUCAUUGAGCAGCCACGGCACGUGGAGAUCCAGGUGCUGGGUGACAAGUGGGGCAAUGUCAUCUAUUUCCCAGAACGAGAGUGCUCCAUCCAGCGCCGCAACCAAAAGGUGAUCGAGGAGGCGCCCUCGCCGUUGGUCACCCCCGCCAUGCGGCGAGCAAUGGGGGAGCAGGCAGUUGCGCUGUGCAAGGCGGUGGGUUACCACUCGGCCGGCACUGUCGAAUUUCUGGCCAACCCGCAGCGUGAAUUCCACUUCUUGGAGAUGAACACAAGGCUUCAGGUGGAGCACCCCAUCACGGAGGCCAUCACUGGCCAGGACCUGGUGGAGCACAUGCUGCGCGUGGCAGCAGGUCAGCCGCUGACGGUCAGCCAGGACCAGGUGCUGCACUACUCUGGUUCGGCCAUGGAGUGUCGUGUGUAUAGCGAGAAUCCGGCCCGAGGCUUCCUGCCAUCCAUCGGCCGUUUGCUGCGGUAUCGUGAGCCACGGGGCCCGGGCAUCCGAUGCGACAGCGGUGUCCAAGAGGGCAGCGAGAUCAGCAUUUUUUACGAUCCACUGAUCUCCAAGCUGGUGGUGCAUGGCGUGGACCGUGGCGCAGCGCUGGCGGGCAUGCGGCGUGCGCUUGACUCCUACGUCAUCCGGGGCGUGCAGCACAACGCGCCCCUCCUGCGCUCUGUGCUCGACGUGCCGAGCUUUGUGGCGGGCAACCUGAGCACUGCCUUUUUGGCGGAAAACUACGCGACGCCCGAGGCGUCCGCGCCUGAACGGCUCCCGUUGGGUGCCGGCCAACAGGACCAGCUCCUGGCAGUGGCCGCCCUGCUGUGGGGGGACAUGGAGCUGGUGCUGACGCUGAGUGGACAGCAGACUGCGGUGGUUGUUCGUCCAGCCGAGUCGCGAAUGGUCGCCACCAGCGGCAUCAACGGUGCUGAGCAUGGCAGCGGGCAGGCGCUGGAGGCAGAGGUGGAUGGGCAGGCGGUGUUUCUGCAGGUGCUGCAGAUGGGGCCACGGCAGUACAAGCUACAGCACUGCGGCGCACAGCGGGUGAUACAAGUGGACAGCCCGCUGUCGGCGCGCCUGGGAUGCCACAUGCCGGUGCAGCACGCCGAGGACUUCAGCAAGGCCAUCCAAUCGCCGAUGCCUGGCACCCUGAUCAGCGUGGCUGUGCAGCCAGGGCAGUUAGUGAACCAAGGGGAUGAGGUCGCGGUGGUGGAGGCGAUGAAGAUGCAAAAUGUUCUGAAGGCAAAUGUGGAUGGGGUGGUGAAAAGUGUGGAGGCAGAUGCGGGGGCAGUCGUGGCUGCGGACCAGGUCAUUGUGCGGUUUGAGUAGCAGG